ACUUUAAUACAGAAGAGAUGGUUCCAUCUGGCAGGGUCCAAGGAAUCAAGUGCCUACCUCGUUGAAGGAUUUCUUUCUUAUCUCAGCAACCUUUCAGCUGACUUACAUAAACACGUCGUCAACUGCAUUGAUAUUAAUCACAACACAGUCCUACAUUACGCUAUAUCUUACAACAACAUGGAUGUUGCCAACGCAAUCCUCAACACGAAUGUCUCAAAUGUCGACCAAUCAAAUGCCGCUGGCUACUCUCCACUGAUGCUCGCCGCACUGACUGUUGUGCCGACAGAUUCCAACAGAGAUUUAUUGAAGAAACUUUUCACACUUGGCAACGUCAACGCUAAAUCAACUGAUUCGACCGGUCAGACACCUUUGAUGUUGGCAGUUGGACACGGCCACCUGGAAACUGUCAACCUGUUGCUGUCCAAUGCACGAUGUGACGUCAACGUGCAAGACGCCGAUGGGUCAUCUGCACUCAUGUGUGCCUCAGAAAAAGGUCAGGCUAAUUUAUUCAUUUUUUUGUUUGUUGUUUCAUUUGUUGUGUUGCUGUUCCAUUUGUUGUGUUGUUGUUUCUAA